UACCCACUGGACACACAGUGACGUGGGGUGGGUGGAGGGCGGGGCCUGCUCCCAGGUGUCAGGUGGGGGAACGUGCGUCCUGUAAAAGCAGUGCAGGUGCCCGGCGCCGGUACUCGGCCUCGCCUCGCCUCUCCUCCGGUUGAGCAUGGCCCCCAGCUGCUUGGGCAACUGCGCGUCGUUCGUCUUCCUCGCUGUAGUGUUUGAUGCCGCGGGGCUGGCUGUGCUGCUGGUUGGGAUUUUCGGCAACUUGAACGUGGACGGCCGCUUCUAUGGGGAUUUCCUCAUCUACACGGGAACGAUCAUCAUGUCCCUCAGCUUGAUCUGGUGGGUUCUGUGGUACACCGGGAACGUGCCGCUGCACGUGGAGGACAGGACAGCUGGAUCCCUGGACAUCAACUUUACGCAGUGGGUCGGGAAGCUGUCGGGGAGGCUCUCCAAAAGCCCCAUCAAGCCUCUGGAAUCCGGGGAGGGGGAGAAGAAGAGCAUGGGCAACGGGAAGGAGAUGAACGGGACUGUGCGUGCUUGUGCACCGUGUCGGAUCACGUGGGGAGAUGGCAGCGGAGCGGGUCAGGACAACCGAGGGUUCAGUGGGUGGCCGGAGCGCGCGUCUCCAGUGGACAGAAACGUGGAGCUGGGGGUGUUGCAGAGCUCCGGCGUGGAUGGCAGAGCAGGCUUCUCUGACAGGACAGGGUGACGCCUGGCCCCCCCGCUGCUGAAGGACGGACUCCCUCCUCAAAACAUGAAGUUAUGAACUAAAGUCUUUUUUAUAUUGAAAGAAAAUUCCUUUUUCAGGGAGAAGCCUCGUGCGUCCACAGCAGGCAGACGGGCCGUGCACAGAGGGAGAAAAGAGCUUUGACAGUUACAUGACAAAUUUCUAUUUUUUAAUGUGCUGAUUUUGUGACGUGUAAAUACAUUUGGGAAUAAAGUUUACAGAUAUCUG